GACUCUCAGUACCCCCAUACAGACAGGCAGCCUACGGUCUGUGGCACGGAGAGAAGUGGGAAAACAGGCUGGGAUCUGUCCCAGCCAGGAAGAAGGAAAGGGGACCGCAUCUGACUUCUACUGCCGGUACCUGUAGAUCUAAUGCACCAUGGCAGAAGGAGCGGAGGGAGAGGAGGAAAUCCAGUUUUUACGAACAGACGACCAGGUGGUUCUACAGUGCACUGCUACUAUCCUGAAGGAGCAGAUUAAACUCUGUCUGUCCUGUGAGGGUUUUGGAAAUCGCCUGUGUUUUCUAGAAACUACAUCCAAUGCUCAGAAUGUUCCUCCUGAUCUGGCUAUAUGCUGCUUUAUUCUGGAGCAGUCGUUAUCUGUGCGUGCCCUUCAGGAGAUGCUGGCUAACACAACUGAGCUUAAUGAGGCAGUCGAUUUGGAUAAAUGGUCUUCACAAGGAGGAGGCCACCGCACGUUGUUGUAUGGCCACGCCAUCCUGCUUAGACACACUCACUCUGGCAUGUACCUCAGUUGUUUGACAACAUCAAGGUCACUCACAGACAAGCUGGCCUUUGAUGUGGGCUUGCGGGAGGACUCGACAGGUGAGGCAUGUUGGUGGACAAUUCACCCUGCAUCCAAGCAGAGGUCAGAGGGUGAGAAGGUCAGGGUGGGGGACGAUCUCAUCCUGGUCAGUGUGUCUUCUGAGAGAUAUCUGCACCUUUCCUAUGCCAGCGGAGACCUCAUGGUGGAUGCUUCUUUUAUGCAAACACUUUGGAACAUGAACCCAGUCUGUUCUGGCUGUGAGCUGGCAGAGGGAUAUCUGACUGGAGGGCAUGUUCUGCGUCUUUUCCAUGGGCACAUGGAUGAAUGUUUAACAAUUCCUGCUGCUGACCAGGGCGAUGACCAGAGACGAAAUGCACACUAUGAAGGUGGACCUGUGUGCAGCCAUGCCAGAUCUCUGUGGAGGCUGGAGCCUCUUCGAAUUGGGUGGAGUGGUAGCCACAUGAAGUGGGGUCAGUCCUUCAGGGUGCGUCACAUCACCACAGGCAGGUAUCUGUGUCUGGAUGAAGAGAAAGGACUCCUGCUUGUGGAUGCGGAAAAAGCGAAUACGAAGAACUCUGCUUUCUGCUUUCGUGCUUCAAAGGAGAAGACGGAGGUGGCUCAGAAACGUGAUGUGGAGGGAAUGGGGAUCCCAGAGAUCAAGUAUGGAGAGUCCAUGUGCUUUGUGCAACAUGUCUCUACCAGCCUAUGGCUCACAUAUGCCUCGGUGGAUGCCAAGUCUGCUCGGCUGGGGCCACUGAAAAGGAAGGCUAUACUGCAUCUGGAGGGUCACAUGGAUGAUGCUCUGACUGUGGCGCGUUCUCAGACAGCAGAAUCCCAGGCUGCUAGAAUGAUCUAUAGCACAACAGGACUCUUCACUCAGUUCAUUAAGGGUCUGGACUCUCUGAGAGGGAAGAGUAAAUCUCCAGGCCCAUCGUCCCCGUCUUUGCCUCUAGAUGCUGUGGUUCUUUCCUUGCAGGAUCUCAUCUUCUAUUUCCGCCCUCCAGAGGAGGAGCUGGAACAUGAGGAGAAGCAGACCAAACUGCGCUCCUUAAGGAACCGUCAGAAUCUAUUCCAAGAGGAGGGCAUGAUCAGUCUCGUAUUAGACUGUGUUGAUCGACUGAAUGUCUACAACACUUCGGCCCACUUCUCAGAAUUUGCUGGGGAGGAAGCAGCUGAGUACUGGAAAGAGAUAGUCAACUUAUUUUAUGAGCUGCUGGCAUCUCUGAUCAGAGGAAACAGGGCGAAUUGUGCUUUGUUUUGUGAUAAUCUUGACUGGUUGGUCAGCAAACUGGACCGUUUAGAGGCAUCCUCAGGCAUUCUGGAGGUGCUGUAUUGUAUCCUUAUUGAAAGCCCUGAGGUGCUUAACAUCAUCCAGGAAAACCACAUCAAAUCUAUCAUUGCGCUUUUGGACAAACAUGGACGCAAUCACAAGGUUCUAGAUGUCCUCUGCUCUUUAUGCGUAUGUAACGGUGUUGCCGUGAGGUCCAAUCAGAAUCUGAUCACUGAGAAUCUGCUUCCGGGGCGUGAUCUCCUCCUGCAGACCAACAUCAUCAAUUAUGUCACCAGUAUGAGACCCAACAUUUUUCUGGGUACAUGUGAAGGCUCUACACAAUAUAAGAAGUGGUACUACGAGUUAAUCGUAGACCAUGUGGAGCCAUUCCUGACCGCUCAGGCAUGUCACCUUCGUGUGGGCUGGGCUAUGACCGAGGGUUACAGCCCCUACCCCGGAGGAGGAGAGGGAUGGGGAAGCAAUGGAGUUGGAGAUGAUCUUUACUCGUAUGGCUUUGAUGGACUACAUCUGUGGACAGGUCGAGUACCACGUCAGGUGUCCUCAUCCAAUCCACACAUUCUCGCGGCUGGAGAUGUGGUGAGCUGCUGUUUGGAUCUGAGCGUCCCUAGCAUCUCCUUCCGGAUCAAUGGACAUCCCGUUCAAGGCAUGUUCGAGAAUUUCAACCUGGAUGGUCUCUUUUUCCCUGCGGUCAGCUUCUCAGCUGGGAUCAAAGUUCGGUUUCUCCUUGGUGGGCGGCAUGGAGACUUCAAAUUCCUUCCUCCUCCUGGUUAUGCCCCAUGCUAUGAGGCAGUUCUGCCCAAAGAUAGACUGCGUAUUGAGCCCAUUAAAGAGUAUAAGCAUGACUUCAAUGGGGUCCGGAACCUUUUGGGACCGACCCAGUCUCUUUCCCACACUGCCUUCACUCCUUGCCCAGUGGACACUGUGCAGAUUGUGCUUCCUCCUCAUCUAGAGCGGAUUAGAGAGAAACUGGCUGAGAACAGCCAUGAGCUGUGGGCCGUCACUCGAAUUGAGCAGGGCUGGACCUAUGGAUCGUUUCGUGAUGACAACAAGAAGCUGCAUCCUUGUCUAGUAGUUUUCCAGAGCCUCCCAGAGCCCGAGAAGAACUACAACUUGGCAAUGUCUGGAGAGACACUGAAGACUCUUCUGGCUUUAGGAUGUCAUGUAGGUAUGGGUGAUGAAAAAGCAGAGGAGAACUUAAAGAGGAUCAAACUUCCUAAAACGUAUAUGCAAAGUAAUGGAUACAAACCUGCUCCUCUGGAACUCAACCAUGUGAAACUGACACCGAAUCAGAACACACUUGUGGAAAGGCUAGCUGAAAAUGGACACAACGUCUGGGCUCGAGACCGUGUUCGUCAAGGCUGGACUUACAGCAUUAUUCAGGACAUUGUGAACAAGCGCAACCCCCGUCUUGUGCCAUACAAUCUACUGGAUGAAAAGACGAAAAAGACCAAUCGUGACAGUGUAUGUGCCGCUGUACGGACUCUGAUUGGCUAUGGCUACAAUAUUGAGCCACCUGACCAAGAGAGCAGUGGACAUGGGGCUGGCAGUGGUCGGAGUGAUAAGAUCCGUGUGUUCAGGGCAGAGAAAUCCUAUGCCGUAACCCAGGGGAAAUGGUACUUUGAGUUUGAGGCGGUAACAGUGGGAGAGAUGAGAGUUGGGUGGGCAAGACCAAGCGCCCAUGCAGACAGAGAGCUGGGAUCAGAUGACCUGGCCUAUGUCUUCAAUGGAUUCAAGGCUCAGCGUUGGCACAUCGGGAAUGAGCCGUUUGGCCGGCAGUGGCAGUCUGGUGAUGUAGUGGGCUGCAUGAUCGACCUGACGGAGCAGAACAUCAUGUUUACUCUAAAUGGAGAAAUGCUCAUCAGUGACUCUGGAUCUGAGAUGGCCUUCAAAGACAUUGAGAUUGGAGAAGGUUUCAUCCCUGUAUGCUGUCUGGGGCUGUCCCAGGUGGGUCGUAUCAACCUUGGGCAGAAUGUGAGCAGCCUGCGAUACUUCACAAUCUGUGGCCUGCAAGAAGGUUUCGAGCCUUUCGCCAUCAACAUGAAGAGAGAUAUUACCAUGUGGUUCAGCAAGAGCUUGCCACAGUUUGUGCCUGUGCCAACAGACCACAUUCAUAUUGAGGUGUCCCUUGUGGAUGGAACGGUGGAUAGCGCCCCCUGUCUGAAACUGACUCACAGGACAUUUGGGUCUCAGAAUGCCAACACAGACCUUUUGUUCUUUAGACUUAGCAUGCCAAUAGAAUUCCACGAAACCUUCAAGGUGCCAGUGGGAGCUUCUCCCCUCACCCGAACCCUCACUAUCCCUGAGGAUGAGGCUCUUGAGGUGGACCCCGAAUCUGAAUUUGAGCUCCUGAAGAAGUCAGCCACUCGCAAGGAGCAAGAUGAGAAAGAAAAAGAGCCAUCCGUCCCGAAAGAGCUUCCUGGCAACAAAGAGGGCGAGAAUGAGAAGGACAUCACCACAGAGAAGAGCAAAAAGAGAGGCUUUUUUUCCAAGGCGAAGAAAGCAGCGUUUAUAGCCCCACCACCGGUGGUUCCAACAGUGCCUCGUCUGAUGGAGGAUGUUGUCCCAGAUGAUCGAGACGAUGCUGAUAUUAUCUCAAACACAACGACUUAUUAUUAUUCAGUUCGGGUGUUUGCCGGACAGGAGCCCAGUGGAGUAUGGGUAGGGUGGGUCACUCCUGACUACCACCAGUAUGACCCACACUUUGAUCUUGGUAAAGUCAGAAAUGUAACUGUUACGGUUGGGGACGAUAAAGGCAACAUUCAUGACAGUGUAAAACGCAGCAACUGCUACAUGGUGUGGGGAGGAGAGUUUAGCAGCUCACAGCAAACACGCAUCAGCCAAGAGGACUUUGUGAUUGGUUGCUUGGUGGACCUGGACACAGGACUAAUGACCUUUACAGCCAACGGGAAAGAGAUCAAUGCCUUUUACCAGGUGGAACCCAAUACUAAGCUCUUCCCUGCUGUCUUUUGUUUGCCAUCAAGCCAGAACAUGUUACAGGUGGAACUCGGCAAACUAAAGAACAUCAUGCCCAUCUCUGCGGCCAUGUUCCGUAGUGACCAUAAGAACCCGGUACCUCAGUGUCCUCCCAGGUUGGAUGUCCAGAUGUUGACACCUGUCAUAUGGAGCCGAAUGCCUAAUCAGUUUUUGGCCCCUGAAACUGGCCGUGUGAGUGAGAGGCAGGGCUGGAAGGUGCAGUGUAUGGAACCUCUUAUUAUGAUGGCGCUGCACAUUCCAGAAGAAAACAGGUGCAUUGACAUCCUGGAACUGUCAGAGCGCACCGACCUAAUGACGUUUCAUUACCACACACUGAAACUGUAUGGCUCUGUAUGCGCUCUGGGCAACAACCGUGUCGCACACGCCCUCUGCAGCCACGUUGACGAAUCGCAGCUCUUUUAUGCCAUUGAAAACACCUACCUUCCCGGCCCAAUCCGUAGCGGCUACUACGACUUGCUCAUCUCCAUGCACCUCGAGUCUGCCAAGCGCAACCGUCUCAUGACUAAUAAGGAGUUCAUUGUGCCCAUGACGGAUGACACGCGUAGCAUCACCCUCUAUUCAGAUGCUGAGAAGGCCCAUGCGCUUCCUGGGGUCGGCCUCACCACCUGUCUACGCCCCAAACUACACUUUGCCCCAACUGGGUUUGUGGGCACUAAUGCAGACCUCUACACCCUCAGCCCCAUCAUACCUCUGCAGAAGCUUAAAGACCAUGCCCUCAGCAUGCUUACAGAAGCCGUACAGGACGGUGGGCAGGCCAUGCGGGAUCCCGUUGGUGGCAGCGUUGAGUUUCACUUUGUGCCCAUUCUGAAGCUCAUCAGCACCCUGCUAAUAAUGGGCGUGUUUGAUGACAACGACGUCAAACACAUUCUGAAGCUGAUUGAACCAUCCGUCUUCACUGAUGGUGAGAACCCGGCAGAAGAACUGGAUGCCGCCAAAAUUGAAGAUGCCGAGCAACAGCUGGUCUGCAAAAAGGAAGGAAUGGAGGUAAAAGAGGAAGAGGAGCAAGUAGAGGGUGAAAAUGAGGGAGAGCUGCUGGAUGAAGGAAUGGGAGAGGAAGAGGAAGAAGAGCUUGAGGAAGAGGAGGAGGAUGAGCUCGAACCUGAGGAGGAGGAAAAUGAAGAGCAGGUGGGAAAGGAAGGGAAAGAGGAUGAACAUGCUGCGGAAAAAACGGAUCGAGAGAAAACAACAUAUAGAGAAGAUGAGAACGAAACUGGUGCAGCAGAGGCAGAAGUGAAGGAAGAGGAGGAUGUGGGAGAGGGACUGCUGCACAUGAAGCUUCCUGAGUCUGUUAAACUUCAGAUGUGUACUCUCCUGCAAUAUUUCUGUGACUGUGAGCUGCGUCACAGAGUGGAAGCCAUCAUCGCUUUCUCGGACAGGUUUGUCAACCAGGUGCAGACCAAUCAGAGACAGCGAUAUAAUGAGCUCAUGCAGGCCUUCACGAUGAGCGCUGCAGAAACAGCCCGCAAGACCCGCGAAUUCCGCUCCCCUCCACAGGAACAGGUGUACAUGUUGAUGCGCUUUAAGAACAGUCCAGAGGAGGUAGACUGCCCUGUUCCUGAGGGAGUCCGGAAUGGCCUGCUGACCUUUCACCAUGACCUUUUGGCUCACUGUGGGGUUCAUAUUGAAGAGGAGGAGCAGGAAGAGGAGGUAGACACCUCUCUCCAUGGUCGCCUUCUGAGACUAGUGGAGAAAGUUAAGAGCUUGCGAAAGAAGCCGGAGGCUGAGCCUGAACCUGAAGAAGAUGAAAAACCCAGUACUCUGCAGGAGCUGAUCUCCCACACCAUGAUCCACUGGGCUCAGGAGUCUUUCAUUCAGAACCCUGAGCUGGUGCGGCUCAUGUUCAGUCUGCUACACCGGCAGUAUGACGCCCUGGGUGAGCUGAUCCGAGCAUUGCCCAAAGCCUACACUAUCAAUGCAGUAUCUGUGCAAGACACAAUGGAGCUACUGGAGUGUCUGGGACAGAUCCGCUCCCUGCUCAUCGUACAGAUGGGGCCUGAAGAGGAAAGGCUGAUGAUCCAAAGUAUUGGAAAUAUUAUGAGCAACAGGGUAUUCUACCAGCACCCCAACCUGAUGAGAGCUCUGGGAAUGCAUGAGACGGUCAUGGAGGUUAUGGUGAACGUACUUGGAGGUGGAGAUUCCAAGGAGAUCAGAUUUCCUCGAAUGGUGACCAACUGCUGUCGUUUCCUGUGUUAUUUCUGCCGUAUCAGCAGACAGAAUCAGCGCUCAAUGUUUGAUCACCUGGGCUACCUCCUGCAGAACAGUGGGAUUGGGCUGGGAAUGCGUGGCUCCACUCCUCUUGAUGUUGCUGCUGCAUCCUGUAUCGAUAACAAUGAACUUGCCCUGGCUCUCCAAGAGCAAGACCUGGAGAUGGUGGUGAAGUACUUGGCAGGUUGUGGCCUGCAGAGCUGCCCUAUGCUCUUAUCAAAAGGUUACCCAGAUAUUGGGUGGAAUCCAUGUGGAGGCGAGAAGUAUCUGGAUUUCCUGCGCUUCGCUGUAUUUGUUAAUGGAGAGAGUGUGGAGGAGAACGCUAACGUGGUGGUCCGACUUCUGAUCAGGAGGCCUGAGUGUUUUGGUCCCGCAUUGAGAGGAGAAGGGGGCAACGGUCUGCUUGCUGCCAUUGAAGAAGCUAUUAAGAUCUCAGAGGAUCCUGCAAGAGAUGGACCCACUGUUAAAAAAGACAGACGCUUCCCCAUGUUUGGAGGUGAGGAACAGCAUGAGGAGAACAGAGUGCACCUGGGAAAUGCCAUCAUGUCCUUUUACUCGGCUCUCAUUGAUUUGCUGGGUCGCUGUGCACCUGAGAUGCAUUUGAUCCAAGCUUGUAAAGGUGAGGCUUUGAGAAUCAGGGCCAUUCUUAGGUCUCUGGUGCCUAUUGAGGAUCUGGUUGGUGUGAUCAGCUUGUCAUUCCAGAUACCUGCUUUUGGAAAAGAUAACAGCAUCAUUGAGCCAAAGAUGUCUGCCAGUUUUGUGCCUGAUCAUAAAGCACCAAUGGUCCUGUUCCUGGACAGAGUUUAUGGCAUCGACAACCAGGACUUCCUGUUGCAUGUACUGGAAGUGGGCUUCCUGCCUGACAUGAGAGCAGCAGCUUCCUUAGACACAGCUGCAUUCAGCACUACAGAAAUGGCCCUGGCUCUGAACCGUUAUCUGUGCUCCGCUGUGCUUCCUCUCAUCACUAAAUGUGCUCCUUUAUUUGCCGGCACGGACCACCGUGCCAUCAUGAUCGACUCCAUGCUCCACACCAUCUACAGGCUGUCCCGAGGACGCUCUCUUACCAAAGCUCAGAGAGAUGUAAUUGAGGAAUGCCUCAUGUCUUUGUGCAGGUACCUGCAUCCCUCCAUGCUCCAGCACCUCCUGAGGCGGCUGGUAUUUGACGUGCCGAUUCUGAACGAGUAUGCUAAAAUGCCCCUUAAGCUGCUUACUAAUCAUUAUGAGCGUUGUUGGAAGUACUAUUGUUUGCCCAAUGGCUGGGCUAACUUUGGCGUAUCAUCAGAGGAGGAGCUUCAUCUGACCCGUAAACUCUUCUGGGGAAUUUUUGAAUCUCUGGCCCACAAGAAAUUUGAUGCAGAGCUAUUCAAAAUUGCCAUGCCUUGUAUAUGUGCGAUUGCUGGAGCGAUUUCUCCUGAUUAUGUGGAUGCCAGUUACUCCUCCAAAACAGAGAAAAAGGCCUCUGUCGAUGCUGAGGGCAACUUUGACCCCAAACCUGUGGAUACCACCAACACUAUCAUUCCUGAGAAGCUGGACGGUUUCAUCAACAGAUAUGCAGAAUACACGCAUGACAAAUGGGCUUUUGAAAAGAUUCAAAACAACUGGACUUUUGGUGAGGUGCUGGACGAAAAUGCCAAGACUCAUCCCAUGCUCAGGCCUUACAAAACGUUCUCUGAAAAGGAUAAAGAAAUCUACCGCUGGCCCAUUAAAGAGUCCAUCAAGGCCAUGAUUGCAUGGGAGUGGACAUUGGACAAAGCCAGAGAUGGAGAUGAUGAGAAAACAGAGAAGAAGACAGCUCGCAAGAUCUCACAGACUGCACAGGCGACCUAUGACCCCAGUCAUGGCUACAGCCCUCAGCCCAUUGAUAUCUCAGGCAUGACACUAUCCAGAGAGCUGCAGUCCAUGGCAGAGCAGCUUGCAGAAAACUACCACAACACUUGGGGGCGCAAAAAGAAAAUGGAUUUACAAGCAAAAGGGGGCGGGGCACACCCUUUGCUUGUGCCUUAUGACACACUGACGGCAAAAGAAAAGGCUCGAGAUAGGGAGAAGGCAUAUGAGCUGCUUAAGUUUCUGCAGCUUAAUGGAUAUGCUGUGACAAGAGGGCUCAAAGAUAUGGAAAGUGACAUUUCAUCUAUUGAGAAGCGCUUUGCGUAUGGCUUCCUACAGAAGCUGCUAAAGUGGAUGGAUAUUGCCCAGGAAUUCAUAGCACAUCUUGAGGCUGUUGUGAGCAGUGGCCGUGUGGAAAAGUCUCCACACGAACAAGAGAUCAAGUUCUUUGCCAAGAUUCUUUUGCCUUUGAUAAAUCAAUAUUUUAAAAACCACUGCCUCUACUUCCUUUCCACACCGGCCAAAAUCCUGGGCAGUGGCGGACAUGCCUCAAACAAGGAAAAAGAGAUGAUUGCAAGCAUCUUCUGUAAGAUGUCUGCCCUGGUGCGACACAGAGUGUUUCUCUUUGGUACGGAUGCACCUGCUAUUGUCAACUGCCUUCAUAUCCUUGCACGCUCACUUGAUGCCAGAACUGUGAUGAAAUCCGGACCUGAGAUCGUAAAAGCAGGGCUGCGUUUGUUCUUUGAGAGUGCAGCUGAUGACAUUGAAAAGAUGGUGGAGAACCUCAAACUUGGCAAAGUGUCCAAAGGCAAUCAGCCGGUGAAAGGCGUGUCCCAGAAUAUUAACUACACCACAACAGCUCUGCUCCCUGUCCUCACUUCACUGUUUGACCACAUCGCUCAACACCAAUUUGGAGAUGAUGUUAUCCUGGAUGAUUUGCAGAUGUCCUGCUACCGAAUCAUGUGUAGUAUCUACUCUUCUGGAACUGUAAAAACAUAUCAUGCAGAGAGGCAUAGACCAGCACUUGGAGAAUGUCUUGCUCAUCUUGCUGCAGCCAUGCCUGUGGCCUACCUGGAGCCCCAUCUUAAUGAAUACAAUGCAUUUUCAGUGUACACUACCAAGACACCCAGAGAAAGAGCUAUCCUGGGCCUUCCGAACCAUGUCCAUGAGCUGUGUGACAUUCCUGAGCUAGACAUAUUAUUGAAAGAGAUCGGGGACCUGGCUGAAUCGGGGGCCCGCUACACUGAAAUGCCGCAUGUGAUAGAGGUCACCCUGCCCAUGCUGUGUAACUAUCUGCCCCGCUGGUGGGAGAGAGGUGUGGAGAACUUUCCCGAAUUGGAGGGUAAGCUGUGUACAGACGUCACCUCCGAUCAUCUCAACCAGCUCCUGGGAAGUAUCAUGAAAAUUGUGAUCAACAACUUGGGAAUUGACGAAGCUUCCUGGAUGAAGAGGCUUGCGGUGUUCUCCCAGCCCAUUGUAAGCCGAGCCAAACCAGAGAUGCUCAAAUCCCAUUUCAUUCCCACCAUGGAGAAGCUGAAGAAGCGUACGGCUAAAGUAGUGGCUGAGGAGGAGCACCUACGCAUGGAGGGGAAGUCUGAGGGGGACGAGGAGGAAGGAACUAUUAGAGAUGAAUUUGCAGUUCUCUGUAGGGACCUGUAUGCGCUUUACCCUCUUCUCAUCCGCUAUGUGGAUAACAACAGAGCAAGAUGGCUGACGUGCCGGGACCCAGAUGCUGAGGAGCUGUUCCGCAUGGUGGGAGAGGUCUUCAUCUUCUGGUCCAAAUCACAUAAUUUCAAGCGAGAGGAGCAAAACUUUGUGGUGAUGAACGAAAUUAAUAAUAUGUCCUUUCUCACUGCUGACAGCAAGAGCAAAAUGAGUAAGACCGGGGACUCUGAGGCUGGUGGUUCGGAUGUGGAGCGUACCAAGAAACAGAGACGGGGAGAUCGAUACUCUGUUCAAACAUCCCUCAUUGUGGCAGCCCUGAAGAAAAUGCUUCCCAUUGGACUUAACAUGUGCUCUCCUGCAGACCAGGAGCUCAUUAACCUGGCCAAGACACGCUAUUCUUUGAAAGACACAAAUGAGGAGGUCAGAGAGUUCUUGCAAAAUAACCUGCACCUCCAAGGCAAGGUUGAUAACCCAUCUAUGCGCUGGCAGAUGGCACUGUAUAAGGAAAUGGCAGGAAAGGCAGAAGAUGCAGAUGCCCCAGAGAAAGUUGUGAAGCGGGUUCAAGAGGUCUCUGCAGUUCUCUACCACAUUGAAGUGACUGAGCACCCAUUCAAGUCCAAAAAGUUGGUUUGGCAUAAGCUGCUGUCAAAGCAACGACGUAGAGCGGUGGUAGCCUGUUUUAGGAUGACUCCCCUUUACAACCUGCCCAGGCAUAGAGCAUGUAACAUGUUCCUGGAUGGGUAUAAGCGAAACUGGAUCCGAACCGAAGGAUAUUCCUUUGAGGACAGAAUGAUUGAUGACCUGUCUAAAGCGAUGGAGGAAGAAGAGGAGGAGGAAGAGGAAAAGGAAACAAAGCCCGACCCUCUUCAUCAGCUCAUCCUUCACUUUAGUCGCACAGCCCUCACAGAGAAGAGUUGCCACAUCGGUGAAGAGGAUGAGGAGGAAGAGGGGGGAGAGGAGGAGAUGUCCUUUGAGGAAAAAGAGAUGGAAAAGCAAAGACUCCUCUACCAACAGUCACGUUUACACAACAGAGGGGCUGCUGAGAUGGUCCUACAGAUGAUAAGUGCCUGCAAAGGUGAGACUGGUUGCAUGGUCUCUUCCACCCUAAAACUGGGUAUUUCUAUUCUAAAUGGCGGGAAUAGUGAGGUCCAACAGAAAAUGCUGGACUAUCUGAAAGACAAGAAGGAUGUGGGUUUCUUCCUCAGUGUCCAGGCUCUAAUGCAGACCUGCAGUGUUUUGGACCUGAACGCCUUUGAGAGGCAGAAUAAAGCAGAGGGUCUAGGUAUGGUGUCAGAGGAGGGAACAAACGUGAAGCUAGAACGGGGUGAGAAGGUCAUGGCUGAUGAUGAGUUCACUUGUGACCUCUUCCGCUUUCUGCAGCUCCUCUGUGAGGGUCACAACAAUGACUUCCAGAACUACCUGAGAACACAGACAGGCAGCACCACCAUCAUCAAUGUCAUUAUCUGUACAGUGGAUUACCUGCUUAGACUACAGGAGUCUAUCAGUGAUUUCUACUGGUAUUACUCAGGAAAAGACAUAAUAGAUGAACCAGGCAAAAGGAACUUCUCUAAAGCUAUGACUGUGGCCAAACAGGUGUUCAACAGCCUUACUGAGUAUAUCCAGGGACCCUGCACAGGAAACCAGCAGUCCCUGGCCCACAGUCGCCUGUGGGAUGCUGUGGUGGGCUUCCUGCAUGUUUUUGCCCAUAUGAUGAUGAAACUGGCUCAGGAUUCCAGUCAGAUUGGUCUUCUGAAAGAGUUGUUGGACCUUCAGAAAGAUAUGGUGGUCAUGUUAUUGUCUCUGCUGGAGGGUAAUGUUGUAAAUGGCACUAUUGCUCGCCAAAUGGUGGACAUGCUAGUGGAGUCAUCCAGCAAUGUAGAAAUGAUCCUUAAAUUCUUCGACAUGUUCCUCAAGCUGAAGGACAUUGUUGCGUCUGAUGCAUUCCGCGACUAUUUGACAGACCCUAGAGGUUUGAUAUCCAAGAAGGAUUUCCAAAAAGCCAUGGACAGCCAGAAACAGUACACACCUGCGGAGAUCCAAUUCCUAUUGUCCUGCUCUGAGGCAGAUGAGAAUGAGAUGAUUAAUUACGAGGAGUUUGCCAGUCGGUUCCAAGAGCCAGCGAAAGACAUUGGUUUUAACAUUGCGGUGCUGCUAACCAACCUCUCUGAACAUGUUCCUCAUGAUACCAGGUUGCAGAACUUCCUCGAACAAGCUGAGAGCGUUCUGAACUAUUUCCGCCCAUUCUUGGGUCGCAUCGAGAUAAUGGGCGCCAGCAGGAAGAUCGAGAGAAUCUACUUUGAGAUCAGUGAGGUGAAUCGUAAGCAAUGGGAAAUGCCUCAAGUCAAAGAGUCCAAACGGCAGUUCAUAUUUGACGUGGUCAACGAAGGUGGCGAAUCGGAGAAGAUGGAGAUUUUUGUCAACUUUUGUGAGGACACCAUCUUUGAGAUGAAUAUCGCUUCACAGAUUUCAGAGCAGGAUGAGGAGGAGAAAGAAGAGAACGAUGAGGAGGAACCCGAAGGAGGAGGUGGCGGAGAUGAAGAUGGUGGUGGAGAGGAGGGCCAGCCAGAAUCAAGCUCCGCCUUUGCUGAUUUCAUCCAAAGCAUCAUGAAUUUCCUGGGCAUGUUUACCUUUAGGAAUAUUCGCAGACAGUACCGUAGGCUCAGGAAGAUGACCAUCAAGGAAAUUGUGGUCAGGGUUGCUACCUUCCUAUGGACAAUCCUCAUGGGCAUCCUCCAUUUCAUUUACAGUGUGUGUAAAGGUUUCUUCUUGCUCAUCUGGCAUACACUUUUUGGAGGUGGUUUAGUUGAAGGGGCCAAGAACAUCACCGUCACCGAGUUGCUGGCCAGCAUGCCGGAUCCCACACAGGAUGAGGUGCAUGGAGACCUACCGGGAGAACCAAGGGGCGGAGAGGCGCAGGAUACAGGAGGUAUAACCGACUCAAUGGAAGCAGGAGGGGGAGAGGAAGAGGAUGAGGACAUCCAGGAAAAAGAUGGUGGGAAGAUUCCUGGUAUCGAUACACCUGGUGGACUUGGAGAUAUGGGUGACACGACCCCUGUGGAGCCACCGACUCCAGAGGGCACUCCAUUACUGAAAAGGAAAAUGCAACCAGAAGCAGGAAGUGAGCAACCUCCUAUUGAAGAACCUCUCCCUGAGCCUGAGAAAGCAGACACUGAGAAUGGAGAGAAGGCUGAGAAGGAAGCAGAGGUCAAGCCUGAGACGACACCAGAAGAACCAAAACCUGAGAAAGCCACCAAAGCCAAGAAGGAAAAGAAAUCAGCCAAGGGGGCAGGAUUUGAGCUCUGGAAUGAAUUGGAUGUUCAAAGAAAUAAAUUCAUGAACUGUUUGUCCCGUAACUUCUACAACCUUCGUUUCCUGGCUUUGUUCAUCGCCUUCGCCCUGAACUUCAUUCUUCUCUUCUACAAGGUAUCUGAUACUCCUCCGUUUACUGAUGAGUUUGACGGCUCAGGUAUGUUUGAAAGCUCUGGGCUGUUUGAAGGCUCUGGGGAGGACUUUGAGGGCUCUGGUGGAGAGGAUGGAGGCGAUGAUGAUGAGGAAGGUCCUGUGUAUUAUUUCCUGGAAGAGAGUACCGGAUACAUGCAGCCCACUCUGGCCUGCCUGGCCAUUGUGCACACCAUCAUCGCUUUCUUAUCCAUCAUUGGAUACAACUGCCUCAAGAUUCCACUGGUCAUCUUUAAGAGAGAGAAAGAGCUGGCAAGAAAGCUGGAGUUUGAUGGCCUUUACAUCACUGAACAGCCAGAAGAUGAUGACAUCAAAGGCCAGUGGGACAGAUUGGUGCUAAACACACCCUCCUUUCCCUCCAACUACUGGGACAAAUUUGUUAAGCGAAAGGUUCUGGAUAAAUACGGAGAUAUUUAUGGACGUGAGCGAAUUGCAGAGCUGCUGGGUAUGGAUCUGGCAUCGCUGGAUGUCAGCAAACAACAGACAGACAAGAAACCCGAAGAGGGAAAACAGCUGAUGAUGACUGUGGGUUUGCUGGCUGUGGUUGUGUACCUCUACACUGUGGUGGCCUUUAACUUCUUCAGGAAGUUCUACAAUAAGAGCGAGGAUGAGGACGAGCCGGACAUGAAGUGUGACGACAUGAUGACAUGUUAUCUGUUCCACAUGUACGUGGGUGUGCGGGCAGGUGGAGGUAUAGGAGACGAGAUUGAAGACCCAGCAGGGGAUGAGUAUGAACUCUAUCGGGUGGUUUUCGACAUCACCUUUUUCUUCUUUGUCAUCGUCAUCCUGCUGGCCAUCAUUCAAGGUCUGAUCAUUGAUGCUUUUGGUGAGCUGAGAGACCAGCAAGAACAAGUAAAAGAAGACAUGGAGACCAAAUGCUUUAUAUGUGGUAUUGGGAGUGAUUACUUUGAUACAACUCCACAUGGCUUUGAGACGCAUACUCUUGAAGAACACAACCUGGCCAAUUACAUGUUCUUCCUGAUGUACUUAAUCAACAAGGAUGAAACUGAGCACACUGGGCAGGAAUCAUAUGUGUGGAAGAUGUACCAGGAGAGAUGCUGGGAUUUCUUCCCUGCUGGAGACUGCUUCAGAAAACAAUAUGAAGACCAGCUUGGAUAAAUGUUUUUCUGUUUUGUUCGUUGCCUUUAACCAGUAGUAUGAUGUUUAAAUUGUGACAAUCCAUGUUAUAUGUAAAAUUACACAGUAAUAAUGUUAUUGACUUGCACAAUACCAGAUCAUUAUACUCAUAUACACUCAAAAUGCAUGCUAUUUAUUCAUAGUAAGUUUUUUUGGAGGGUAAUUUUUAAGUAUCUGCUCAUUUAAAAUAUUAAUGUGCCUAAGACCUGUUCUAAUGAUUCUUUAGCGUGUCACAAUUUUUGUCAUAAAUUUGAAAAUGUUAAUGUACUUGAUGUUCUUGCAGUUUAAGCAUCCCACUUCCAGAUGAGCUCAAACAUCAAAAUCUACUGUGAAAAAAAUGAUUUUAUCAAAAUAUAUAAAUAAUCAUCACAGACAUUGUGAAUGAUGUGAAUUUGAAUGUUUUUAUUCAGAAAUUGUAAAAGCAUUACAUUAAGCAUCAUAUUUGUCUUCAAUCAUCUAAUAAUCUUAAAAUAGCAAAUUCACAUUCUAAAUGUUAAAAGUCUCAAAAGUAUGUUGAAUGUUGUUCAAAAAUGUGGCAUUUUAUCAGAGUACUACAGAUGAGCAACAAGCUAAAAGUGCAAAAAUAAAUCCUAAUGAAAACAGAAUAGAUCAUUAAUCAAGAUACAUAUGCUACCAACAUUGUUUAAUUUUAAGAUUUCAGUUGCCUUUUUAGGGCCUUUUACGAUAUGGUAUGAUAAAGAUGCUAUACAUUUAAAACAAAUAUAUACA